GUUUCCGACCACCCCGGUCAAGUUGCGAGCUUGCGAGAUGUGGGACCGCCAUGGCUCUGUCGGUCCGCUUGUGCAAAUCUGAGAAGGCGGGGGGUGACCAGACCAACCCCUGGAGCUUGGACAUCCACCACCCAGAUGGCCAGGGCAAAGCUUGGAUCCUCUGGCGGGCAGGAGUGGAUGGACGAGAGGCGGAGACUAUAUGGGCAACAUCGACUAGCUCAAGCGACAGUGCGGACAGCAGUCAGGCUGGCAAGGCCUUCUUGGGAGCGCUCGGCGACGAGUUCGUCGCGGAGGGCCUGGAGGUCCAGGCCGUCGCUGUGCCACCUGAUGCCCUGCCCAUCGCGCAGCGAGUCCUGCUGCAGGUGGACAGCGGGGCAAGAGACGGGCCGGAGAUCUCGGCUUUGCGAAGGUCCCUGAUCGCCCACCGGGCAGUCCUUCGCAGAGGGCGGCGCCACGGCCGGUGGCGGGUGCUGGACGUUGAGGUGGGGACAGCAGGAGAACAGUUUCUGGACCCCAGCCCAGAGUGGGAGCCAGCCAGAUGGCGCAGCUGGUUGAUUGCGCAUGGUUUCGGUGCAGUCACAGCUGCAACUCAGAUCUCGGCGCUGCCGUCAGAGUCGAGGUGGAAGGUUGCACCUGCCAUGGUGGUGGAAGAAACCCUGAAGCAGGCCUUGGAUCAUGGUCAAGCAAGGAGCACAGCCUUGGUGGUGGGGCCGAAUGUGGCAGCUGCUUUGUCGCAGAUCGCUUCCUUCGCUGAAGGUCGGGCUCGCCGAACUGCCGUCCUGUCGGCCGCCGGACUCUUGCAGGUGGGGUCUGAUUUGGCGGCUAUCCGCCGCUGGCUACUGGCACAUGCCGACGCACAGGACGGCGCGGUGAUCGUCUUGGUGCGGCCCACUGAGUGGUUCACUGGCCGCGUGGCGGCAGAUCUGGCAGGUCUCCUUCGUCAAGUGGUGGACCGAUG